ACACAGCUCCUAGCCAUGCCGUCCUACCACCCAAGCCCAGGACACUUGUCUACCUUUUCUGAAAUGAAAGUUUUACCAAAGUUGCAACUCUUGGAGGCCAAAAUGUAUACAACAAAACUACAGAUUGUCAUUUCCAUCCUGGUGAUCUUCCGAUCUCCAUCUCUGGCUCUGAUGAACAUCAGUGACAACCAUCCUCUGGAUAGAUCUGUUGGGACUCAAGUCAUCCAUGUCAAUGCCUUCCGAGGUAUAGUCAGCAUCCGAGACAACAAUGUUUUGAGUGAAUGGGAUGGAAUCUUGGACUACAAGAAUGCCCUCUUGGCAGCUAAGCUAUUUAGCAAGAUGGCCUGUGUCCUGGCCAAGAUGGACCAAGCAGUCUUCCCAAGUUUCGAUGACAUUAGCAAGGCCUUAGUGAACCAGGCUUCCAACCAUUACCCCUCCACCCGAGGCCUGACCUACACUGUUUUACCCAUCCGGGUUAAGAACUUAGCCCAGUAUGGGAUGGCCAUGAAGGAUAUGUGCAGAGCGUUCCCCACCUACUUUGCCCAGCAGCAAAAAAAAGGUACUGCCCUGGAAAUUGACCCUAAUUCCUGUUUUGAAGUCCAGCUUCUGUCCUUCAUGGGACUCUCCAUCUGUGGUGAGAUUCCUGGGCUCUGAGGCUGAGUCAGCCAUGUGGAGAGAGGAUCCGCCUGUUCUGGGCCCCUGACCUGGGGUCAGUGUCCGGGGACCCAGCCUGGCCUCUGCCUGUGAGAGAGAAGCUGCUCUUUUGAGUUCUGUACCUCUGCCUUCCCACACAAUGCCAAGCUCUGUAAC